ACAGUGUUCAAUUACUUCAUAUAAGUUAAGUGUGUAUAUUUAUUCGUUUAUUUAUUUAAGAUUACGUUUGUAAUUUUUUAGGUGUAGAAACUGAAGUAAAUAUCAUAUACUCAGAAAAAGUGAUCAAGGCCUCCAGUGCCGCAGGCUAGAAUCAAACCUGCGUCCUCGCCUAUCGCGGACGGCGCCUGAGCCAUUCGGCCACCGGGGUCACGGCGGCAUAGAUAAUAAUAAAAUACUUUAAUGUGCACAAGAAACAUAAUUUUCUUUGUAGUGCACUACAAAGAAAAAUACAUGUUACAAAACAAAGACAUGACAUAAGUGGGUAACAACAGGCGGACUUAAUGUAUGGGUGGGUAAAAAGCGAUCUCUAGAUCAAAUUUUUUGUAUGUAUAUGCCUUAAUAAUAUUUUAGAUGUAUAUUUAACGUUUGAUACCAUGCAAAGGUAAAAAAUAACAUAAUAUAUUUUGUACAUAUACAGACGCACUGAUUAAACGCCCCUUCCACCCGCUACCGCUGCCCGCGCCCACCCUUACAUCGAGCCACAGAAAACGAGUGAUAGGUAUCAGACCCAGCUGACCGCUCACCGCGCCCGGCCGUUUCGAUGCCAUUAAAAACAACUCGAAUUUAAAACAUACUGACGUUUGAAAAAGGAACGGCGUGAUGAGUGAUAUAGGUUCCAACUGUGUACAUUACAGAGAAUGAGUUUUUUUAUUUUUAUUGAUGUGGUUUUAGAUUUGUGGUAAAUUAAGUUUAUAAAGUUGAUUUUCUUAAUUAGAUCGACCGUUUGUUUAACGAAAUAAAAAUGUCAGUUGUUUAAAAAAUAUAAUAUGUAUAAUAAUAAGUGAUGCAAGUCCUAAUCGUGUGGUGAAUUUUAAGUAUUUUUUUAAUGAACACGAAAUUUGACGUUAGUAAAUUACGUUUAUAAAGUUUACAGUUGUUUGUUGGUUUUCUUAAUUACUGAGAUAGUUUGAUUAAAUGUUUACUGUUAAACAAUUAAAGCGAAUCUGGAGCAGAUUUGAAUUCAAACAGAAUUUGCUAAGUUUUCAGUUUACUCCGAAUUUCGAUUUAAUUCUGAAAGUAAAAUUUCGCAGAAAGUGCCCUUGAUUUUUUUUUCAAAAGUGAAAACAGGAUCAGCCAAUUAAUGGACAGAAAAACUUUUUUUCGGUAACUUUUGUAAAAGUUUAUCGUGUUAAAAGUUUUGUUCUAAAAGUUGUGGAUUACUGGUUUUACGGUUUAUGAUGGAUUUGAAAUGGAUUCCAAUAAAAAGGUGGUCGUCAUGGGCAGCAGCACGACAUCAGACAAGACCAUCAACACUAGCACCGACUCGGCGGCGACCGCGCUCACGUCCGUCACCGGCACCGACGACUCCAUGGACGCGGAGCCCGAGGGCGCCGCCAGCCUCAUUGACAGUCCUCCCAUACCACCCUUACCGCAGGAACCCCCCAGCACAGCCCCUCCCCACUACCACAGAGCACAGGACAGCUCAGAAAUAGACUCCCCAUCCUACACCAAGCCGCAGUCAGCCACAGACAUAUUAGACUCCCCACGGCCCGGCCCGGCGCGCUUCGUUUUCGACGUGCCACUACCAGAACCGAAAAAGGAAGAGCGAAAGCCAAGACCAGAGAAAAGAAACAAAACCACAGUCCAAGAAACAGCUCCUUCAACUUCCAUACAAAUCCCCUACGACUCCAAAAUGGAGACGCCAAAAAGCCCAAAAAUAAAUCAGAGUAAAUACGAAACGCAUUUCAAAUUCGAGCCCGAAAAAAGGAGGUCAAGUGAGAGAUUUGAACCAGAGAAAAGAAGGAGUGAGAAAUUUGAGCUGGAUAAAAGGAGGGGGAGUGAAGCGAGGAAAAAGAAAGACAAGGAGUAUUAUAAGGAUGAUGUAGCGAAAUUGAGGAGGCAGCUGGAGGGGACGGAGGUCUUUACGGCGGCUAGAAGGAGAUCGUCGACGCAUCAGCAUUCUGUGCCACCACCUUCUUCCAGAAGACAGUCCACAGCGGCUCAAGUCCACGUAACAGCUAACCCUUUGGACGCCGCCAGCUCUAUGCCGCCCGGCCGCACAACCAUCGUGGUCCAGCAGCCGUCCCUUUCCCUCGACUACGGCGGUUGCGCCACCAUCCUCGUGCGAGAUGGAGACGACUGCAGGCGCAAGAGCCGCGUCUGCAGCGACCACAUACAGCAACUGCUUGAUGUGACGAGUCACUUCACCAAUGAGGACGUGGACGAGUUUGACAAGAGGUACGGCAGCCCACACCAUGCCCGGUCGCAGUCGGUCAAGGCAGCGAGAUCGCGGACGGGCGAGCGUCAACUACUGGGUCUGCCCCAGCAAAGGGCAAGAGUGGCGUCUAUGCCCAAUACUGGAGUCGAGGAGGAAUAUUACAGACUGAGGCAUUUUAGUAUAACGGGUAAAGGCGUGGUGAAUCGGGGGGACUCUCUCCGGUCGAGAAGAUCGCGGUCCAACACAUCCGUGGCUUCCAGUGCGUCGAGCACAGAGGCCGUCAACAGGGCGUCUGCGCCUUGUUCCUUAGCUUCUUCAAGAGAUUCUUCUGCGGGUCUCAGCUCGUACCGGGUGCUGGUGCUGGGAGCUCCUGGCGUUGGUAAAUCAAGCCUAGUCGGUCAAUUUAUGACGUCAGAGUAUCUCCACGCGUACGACACUAGUAUAGAUGACGAAUCCGGCGAGCGGUCAGUCUGCGUGCUGCUAGCUGGUGAGGAGUCUGAGAUCACCUUUAUGGACGCGCCCGCCGAUCAGCUAGUGACGGACGGCUGCGCCCACGGCUACUGCGUAGUCUAUUCUACGGCCGAUCGGAGUAGCUUCACCGAAGCCGAACGAAGGCUGCAAGGACUAUGGGCCGCUGGACAUACCACGCGACGAGCCGUCAUACUGGUGGGGAACAAGGCUGAUUUGGCGCGGUCGAGAGCUGUUAACACGGAUGAGGGCAAAUCGCUAGCGACAUCUUACGAGUGCAAGUUCAUCGAGACAUCCGUCGGCAUUAACCACAACGUGGACGAGCUGCUAGUGGGCUUGCUGACGCAGAUACGGUUGAAGCAGCAACACGCUGAGCGAGUCAGGUAUACUAUCUUAUAUUUAUAAGAGCUAGUUUAUCGUGACUUCCGUUUGCAUCAACCACAACGUGGGUAAUCUGCUAGUGAGCUUGCUGAUGCAAAUACGGUUGAAGCAGCAACACGUUGAGCGAGUCAGGUAUAUUAUCUUAUCUUUACGAGUGCAAGUUCAUUCAGACAUCCG